AUGGGCCACGAAUAUGCAGAUGAUGUCCCCAUUGUUGUUCGCCUACGAGGAGAAAUCCUUCGGACGACCUGUUCAACGUCGAAUGGAUCGAAUCGUGUGGAGCGCAAGCGGCAGGAGCGCAUCGCUGAGCUCGAAGCGGUCAUUGAGCGUUCCGUCAGCCUGGCAGAACAGGCACAGCUGCUCGCAAAAGAAAACGAUCAGCUGCGCGCCGAACUGCAUGAUCGAACAGAGCAGCUUCGGAAUGCUCAGAUCUUAGGUGGAACUCAAGGUCGCUCCGAUCCGCUAGCUCCGUCGAAGAGUCGCCAUGGCAGUUGA